GCAGAUUGUCCAAGUUAUUUUUUCAUUGUGGUAGUAGUUUGUGUCAUGCAUAAAAACAUCAGAUUAAAUUAUUUCUUCAACUGCAGAGUUUGUUGUUGUUGUUGUGUAAACUACUGCACAGCAGUCAUGUCACAAACGGAUGAAGCUGCAGCUGCUGAGCUGAAAAAGAAGCGUACCUUUAAGAAAUUCACAUAUCGUGGAGUCGAUUUGGAUCAGCUAUUGGAUUUGAAUCGUGAUCAGUUGGCAAAACUGUUGCCCUGCCGUGCACGUAGACGUCUGGCUCGCGGCUUGAAACGCAAACAUUUGGCAUUCUUAAAUCGGUUACGAAAAGCAAAAAAGGAAGCUUCAAUGCAUGAAAAACCAGCCACAAUUAAGACUCAUUUACGUGAUAUGAUUGUAUUACCCGAAAUGGUUGGAUCAGUCGUGGGAGUGUACAACGGCAAAGUUUUCAACCAGGUCGAAAUAAAGCCUGAAAUGAUUGGUUAUUAUUUGGGAGAAUUCGCAAUCACAUACAAACCUGUGAAGCAUGGGCGGCCAGGUAUUGGUGCGACACAUUCUUCUCGUUUUAUCCCGCUCAAGUAAUGGAAAAUUAUUAUUGUUACGAAGGUGUCCAAUAAAUGUUUUGUUCUGAUGCAAGCAGUAAGCAAAGGAUUUAUCUUGAUUAGAGGUAAUGACGAAAAGAAAAUUCCGGGCUUUUUCUGAUUUGCGCAUAACCUUAGCCAACAACGAUAU